AUGUUGUACUUAAUUGGAUUGGGUUUAUCGCAUGAGACCGAUAUCACAGUUCGGGGUCUUGAGACGGUGAAAAAAUGUAAGAGAGUUUACUUGGAGGCAUACACGUCGAUUUUGAUGGCAGCUGAUAAGCUGAGCUUGGAAAAGUUUUACGGCAAGGAAAUCAUUCUCGCUGACAGGGAGUUGGUUGAGACAGGCGCUGACGAAAUAUUGGAAGGCGCUGACAAGGACGACAUUGCUUUUUUGGUUGUUGGUGAUGUCUUUGGUGCGACUACUCAUACAGACUUGGUUCUCAGAGCAAAAGAAUUGGGAAUCAAAUAUGAGUCCAUUCACAAUGCUUCUGUGAUGAACGCAGUUGGUGCAUGUGGCUUGCAGUUGUAUCAAUUUGGACAAACUGUGUCUUUGGUGUUUUUCACUGAAACUUGGAAGCCAGAUUCGUUCUAUGCUAAAAUCAUGGAGAAUAGAAAGAUUGGCUUGCACACUUUAUUGUUGUUGGAUAUCAAAGUUAAGGAGCAAAGCAUCGAAAACAUGGCUAGAGGAAGAUUGAUCUAUGAGCCACCAAGAUACAUGGACAUUCUGACUGCAGCCAAACAGUUACUUGAAAUCGAAGAAAUCAGAAAAGAACAGGCUUACACUCCCGAAACGCCAUGUGUUGCCGUUUCCCGUCUUGGAUCUCCAACACAAACAUUCAAGGCUGGUACUUUGAAAGAGUUGUCCGAAUACGAUGCUGGCGCUCCUUUACAUUCGUUAGUUAUGUUAGGAAGACAAGUGCAUGACUUGGAAUUGGAGUAUUUGUUACAAUUUUGUGACGAUGAAAAGACUUUCAGAGAGAAGGUUGCUGCUGAUCAAGAAUUUUUCAAGCCACCUCCAUACGUGCCACCCGAAGAAGAAGAAUUUAGCGAUUAA